AGUCUAUCCUCUUUUGACGCCACUCUUCCGAGGUCCACCCUAGAGAGAGAAAAUAGUGGAAGAAAAUCUAGAGAGAGAAACAAACAAAGACUGUAUAAUAUUACGGAUAUAUAUAUAGAGGAGGAGAGAGAAUGAGACUGAAGCCUUCAAUUAAUUGUUGUAUAACAGUAUAGGGGUCGUGUCGGCUUCUACGGGCGCAGACCGUGUACUUCCUAUCUAUCUUUACCCUUUUCCAAACCCUAAUUAUUGUGUUAUCGAUCUCUGCCUUUUCUUUGUUUGUUGUUGUUGUGUGUUUGUUUGAAAGCAAUCUCACGAAGCUCUUGAUUGCGAUAGGAAUGGUGGAUUGAUUCGGCUAGAGUUUGAAUCACUUGCCUUGUUGUAAGAAGGUUUCUCCCUUAAAUUGGGGACUAUUGUGAUCUCUAAAUUGAAUACCCUGGAAUCUGGAUACUUCAGUGGGUUCUUUUCAUGGCACAUGUUGGUGCAAAUCAGUUCUCUGGACAGUCUAAUUCAGGUGAUGCUUUGUACAAGGAAUUGUGGCAUGCUUGUGCUGGACCCCUUGCCACUCUUCCUCGUGAAAGGGAAAGAGUUUACUACUUUCCACAAGGUCACAUGGAACAGCUUGAAGCGUCAACUCAUCAAGGAGUAGACCAGCAGCUCCCUUCAUUUAAUCUACCGGCAAAGAUACUUUGUAAAGUUGUGAAUAUCCAGCUUCGUGCUGAACAAGAAAGUGACGAAGUUUAUGCCCAGAUAACUUUACUUCCUGAAACAGAUCAAGGUGAAGUCACUAGCCCAGAUCCUCCUCCCCCGGACCCUCCAAGGUGCAACACCCAUUCAUUUUGCAAGACACUUACUGCUUCUGACACUAGCACCCAUGGUGGAUUCUCUGUUCUUCGGAGACAUGCGGAUGAUUGUUUGCCUCCUUUGGAUAUGUCCCAACAGCCGCCCUGGCAGGAAUUGGUUGCGACUGAUCUUCAUGGCAAUGAAUGGCAUUUUCGUCACAUCUUUCGAGGGCAACCUAGGCGCCAUUUACUCACAACCGGGUGGAGUGUCUUUGUUAGUGCCAAAAAAUUAGUUGCUGGUGAUGCUUUUAUUUUUCUGAGGGGCGAAAACGGUGAGUUGCGGGUUGGAGUUAGGAGGCUCAUGAGACAACUAAGCAAUAUGCCAUCUUCGGUUAUAUCCAGUCAUAGUAUGCAUCUAGGGGUUCUUGCUACUGCAUCACAUGCCAUCGCAACUGGAUCCCUCUUUUCUGUUUUUUAUAAACCAAGGACAAGUCGGUCUGAGUUCAUCGUAGGUGUGAACAAGUACCUUGAAGCUCGGAGCCGAAAGCUCUCUGUUGGGAUGAGGUUUAAGAUGAAGUUUGAGGGGGAAGAAGUCCCUGAAAGAAGGUUUAGUGGAACAAUUGUUGGCUUUGGAGAAAACACAUCAUCAAAAUGGCCUGAUUCUGAGUGGAGAUCCUUAAAGGUUCAAUGGGAUGAACCUUCAUCAAUUCUGCGUCCAGAAAGUGUUUCACCUUGGGAAUUAGAGCCACUUGUGGCAGCAACUCCUUCAAACUCCCAACCACCUCAGAGGAACAAGCGUGCUCGACCACCAGUUUUACCUUCGUCAGUGCCUGAUCUUUCUCCACUUGGCACGUGGAAAACCCCAACUGAGUCUCCCUUGGGUUUGUCGUAUUAUGAUCCGCAAGGUGGUCGAGACCACCAUCCAUCACCUAAAUUCUCUGCUACAAAGGCCACCUCUCUCAGCUGCAGUGAGAACAGUUCCUUUACCCCAAUUUCCAGCAAGUCAUUGUAUCGGUUUAAUCAGAUGGAUACCAUAACCGAGUCUUGUAGACCUUUCGUUAACAAAGAAUCUGGGGAAAAAAGACAGGGCACUAGCAAUGGCUGCAGGCUAUUUGGGAUUGACCUACUUGAAAACUCUACUGCGGAAGAAACUUGGCCAGCAAUGACUGGAGCAGGAGGGAAGGAUCUUCCAGUUCCAUCUGCGGAUACUGAAUCUGAUAGGCAUUCUGAACCGUCAAAUAUUUAUCGAUCUGAUAUUCCUUCAGUAAGUUGUGAGCCUGAGAAAUCAUGCCUGAGAUCUCCCAGUGAGUCACAAAACAGACAAAUUCGUAGCUGCACAAAGGUUCACAUGCAAGGGAUUGCUGUUGGGAGGGCUGUAGAUUUGACACGCUUGGAUCGAUAUGAGGAUCUGCUCAAGAAAUUGGAGGAGAUGUUUGAAAUAGAUGGUGAACUCUGUGGAUCAGCGAAGAAAUGGAAGGUCGUCUACACUGAUGAUGAGAAUGACAGGAUGAUGGUGGGGGAUGAUCCAUGGCAUGAGUUCUGCAGCAUGGCGAGGAAGAUUUUUAUUUACACAAAUGAGGAAGCUAAGCGGCUGUCACCUAAGAUAAAACUUCCGGUAACUGAAGAGGUUAGACCAAGCAACCCAGCUACUACUGAUGCUGCAGUUGGCACUGAAGAACAGUCAUCGAUUGUGGAGUCUGGCCACUGAUGUGCCCAUGCCCCUCGGUAUACUACUAAGAAAGAGGUUCAGUUACUCACCUGUGGAUAAAGGACACACUUGAGACAAGUGCUGCCUUAAAAGAUAAGGACAUUGUCACGGUAUUAUUUUAUUUAUUUUGUCUGUCAAGGGAAUCUCAUAGUGGUUUUACUUAUUUGGACUCGGGUGGGUUAACACAACUCAUGCACGAAAGCAUGUGGAGAUGAAAAAAAAUAAAAAUAAAAGAGGAAAAAAAGAAAAGAAAAAUACUUCACAUUUUCUAUCGAUCAUUUUUUUUUUUUGGUAGUAGUAGUAGUAGUAGUGGUAGUAGUAGUAGUAUCUUCAUGAUUUACUACAUUGUAGAUUUUGUAGUAUUGUGCUUUGUAUAUAUAAUAUACACAUAUAGCCUUUUUUUUUCUCUUUUUAAAUUUUAAAUUUUUUUUUUUUUUUUGGGGUUUCAUAGUGCUUGUUUAUAUUAGUUGAUUCCCGGGGAAAGGGUUAUUUUGAGGCCGGCUUGUGUUUUGAUGGGACUUUGUGAACAAGUGGGACUCUGUAUUGUUGCUUUUAACUCAAAUUAUGAUGCUUUUGUUUAUUAUUUAUUUUUCAUUUCAUA